UCUGUAACACGUAGGCUUGAUGCACGGGCGACUCGGCUGUGUUUAAUCACCCUCUUCUCUUCCUCUUAAUAAUGCUACACCGGACAUAUGUCUGUAUAAGGAACUGAACCGCGGCUAGCAGCGGAGGUCUUCAAACCUGCUCGCGUUCGCAUGGAAGCUGUCUGUCGAGUUUUAGGACAAUUAAACUGCCAACGGGGUCACAUCCAGAGGACAUUAAAUCCGAGGGUCAACGAGCAGGAAGUCUGAAGAUGGACCCCGAGAGUGUCUUCACCAGGGUGGAGAGGACUUUCUGGACAGCUUGGUACUAUAUAACCGGAGCUGUGAACAGAUUCAUCAGGCCAGAGCCCGCUGACAUCACCAGCAAUGACAUACAGGCCAUCCAGGGAUCUGCAGUUGACAGUGAGCCCGUUAACUCUGGUGAUGCAGAUGGUGACGUUGGCGGAAGGGGGAUCGAUGAGCAACAGCCUCUUGCGACAGCCUCUCUGCUUAGCUCAUCUCGGCCACUUGUUGCCAGGGAACUUUGUGCCACAGACAUCGACUUAGGGCAUGAUGAAGAAAGCGUGCAGUACACAGUCCAGCCGAACAGAAUCGGCGCGAGCAAAGCAACUGAGGAAGGUGAGGGCACAAGAGAGGAACAGUUUGCCCAAGCGAGAAAUGACGAUGCUGGGCUGCUGGUUGCAAAGGAAGACAAACAAGAAGAAAACGGAGAUCGGAAAAGGGAGAAUGAAGAACAUACGAACACCAGGUCACAAAGACUUACAGGUGAUGCAAUGUGUGAAGACAUGGAGGAAAAUGGGAGAAAUACUGGUGCUGAGGAGGUGUCAAUGACAGUGGAUGAUCAUCAAAAAAUGGAUGAAACCAUCCCAGUGAAGGAAGAAGAUGAUAAAAUGCAGCAUGAACAUAAACAAGAUUUGGUGGCGGAAGACAUUGAGGUAGAAUUGUGCACAAUCAAAGAUUUGAGUGUAAAAGACGAGGAUAACAUGCACAUUGAAGAGGCAAAGUUGCAGAGGAAUGAGGCAGAUACAGCGGUGACGCAUGAGGAAGCAGAAUACAGUGAUAGUGUGCAACAGCUGGCCUCUCAAAAUGAGAACAAGUCUGAUGAAGCAGCAACACAAGUUGAAAAUCAGCUGUCAGUCUGUGAAGAGUUGUCAGACGACGGCAGAGAUUUCAAGGGAGACCCAGGCUUUACUUCACUGCAUGUUGAUUUACAAAUGACCUACGACAAAAGUGCCAUUGUGUCUGAGGAGGAGGUCAUUGUUGUCGAGCAAGAGAAUGUGAUGACUCAUAGAAGUGGAAGAGGUGCGAAAGAGGAGGAUGAGAGCGCACUGGAUGAGGGUGCUGUCAUUGAGGAAGAAAAUAUGAAUGAGGCCGCAAACAACCAGACAACAGAUGAAGCGCCAGAGCAGGAAGACGACAUCAGAACAGUUACAGAAAACGGACAAGAAGAUGACAAUUUAAAUGAACAUGAAGAAGUCACACAGAAUGCUAAAACAGAGCCACACACAGCUGAGAAUGAAGAACAUACGAACACCAGGUCACAAAGACUUAAAGGUGAUGCAAUGUGUGAAGACAUGGAGGAAAGUGGGAGAAAUACUGGUGCUGAGGAGGUGUCAAUGACAGUGGAUGAUCAUCAAAAAAUGGAUGAAACCAUCCCAGUGAAGGAAGAAGAUGAUAAAAUGCAGCAUGAACAUAAACAAGAUUUGGUGGCCGAAGACAUUGAGGUAGAAUUGUGCACAAUCAAAGAUUUGAGUGUAAAAGACGAGGAUAACAUGCACAUUGAAGAGGCAAAGUUGCAGAGGAAUGAGGCAGAUACAGCGGUGACGCAUGAGGAAGCAGAAUACAGUGAUAGUGUGCAACAGCUGGCCUCUCAAAAUGAGAACAAGUCUGAUGAAGCAGCAACACAAGUUGAAAAUCAGCUGUCAGUCUGUGAAGAGUUGUCAGACGACGGCAGAGAUUUCAAGGGAGACCCAGGCUUUACUUCACUGCAUGUUGAUUUACAAAUGACCUACGACAAAAGUGCCAUUGUGUCUGAGGAGGAGGUCAUUGUUGUCGAGCAAGAGAAUGUGAUGACUCAUAGAAGUGGAAGAGGUGCAAAAGAGGAGGAUGAGAGCGCACUGGAUGAGGGUGCUGUCAUUGAGGAAGAAAAUAUGAAUGAGGCCGCAAACAACCAGACAACAGAUGAAGCGCCAGAGCAGGAAGACGACAUCAGAACAGUUGGAGAAAACGGACAAGAAGAAGACAAUUUAACUGAACAUGAAGAAGUCACACAGAAUGCUAAAACAGAGCCACACACAGCUGAAUUUGCAGAUAGAGAACAAGAGGAUGUGGCUAAGGACGCCGAAGUGCAAACUACAACAAGAGAGGCUGAUGAUGUUGAGACAGAAAGUCAUGGCACCGUGAUCGAAGAAAAGUCUGAUGUGACAGCGGCUCACAUUUCUGUAGAGGAGAGGCUUUCCAGUGAAGUCCGUAACAAAGAAAAUAUCAUGGAAAUAGGAUGUACAACCACCUCAGCUACAGAAAAACCUGAAGGCGAGACUAGACAGGAAAUGACUGAAAAGCUUAAAAAUAUUCCCCUGGGGAUAUGUGAAGGCCUGGUUGUUGUGUCGCAGGAGCUCAACUCUCCAACAUGUGAGGAAACACAAGGGGGAGUUCCUGAAUACAACAAUGAGCCUGGGCCAGAGGAAAAUACAACACAAAGGUUCCUGGAAGAAGGAGAUUGCGAGGAAAUCCAGGGCAGCCAAUUACCAGAAGAGGUGGCGAGCAAAGAGCCGGAGAGCCUUCAAAAUAGUGCCUUUAGCACCGAAGCUGACUAUUUACUGGUGAGGGAGCAUAUGGAAGAGAAACAAGAAAGCCCACAAGAUAUUAAGAGUAGCUUUGAAGCUGGAUUGCCACACGAAACAGAGAAACCACUUGUUGAAGUAGUAAUUCAAGAAUCAGGACAUUUACUUGCGGAAGAGGAAGGACAAUUACUGGUUGACUUAAUGAAGACGGGGAUUGAACACUUGAAAUUUGAGUCAGACGUCGGCUUACCAGACGAGAGCGACAAGGCACAAGGUGGGCCUGAAGGGCUUUUGGUCGAAUUUGAAAUAGAUGAAGAGCUACACGAUUCCAGAGUAGCUGAUGCUGCUGGAGAUGGCAGUGAGACACCAGGAGCUGUAACAGCAGAGGAAGAGGUUGGAUUCGCUGAUGAAACUUUCCUUGAGGUUAAAGAACAGAAGAUCACAGAGACUAGCUUCUUUCAGGAAUCGGUAGAUGCCAUAGACUCAGAGCAAAACAGCAACAUGACUCCUAGUUCACUAGAAGACAUUACUAAAUCUGGACUCCUGAAACAGUCAGAUGAGACUGAGCCUGAAUUACUUGAAGAUGUAGAAAUGCAAGAUGCAGGGAUAGAUAUGGAAGAAAUGGGUAAUGGAGUGGAGGAGGAUGCAGGAGAAGAUGAAAAGCAGAACAAAAAUGAGAUUUUACAUCUACAGGUAGCAGAAAUGGCUGAAUCUGAAUCGUAUAGACCAGUUGAGUCACUGCAGACGGAAAAUCAACUAUCAGACGAAGCACUUGAGAUAAGCAAUGAGGAGGGUUUAACUGAAGCAGCAGGUGAAUCAAAGACAGCCGAGUCCAAACCGAAAGAUUUAACUUUAUCAACAGAAGAAGUGGCAAAGCAUGUGACAGAAUCAGAGGGUAGUUGUGCCGAAGAAACAGUUCGCUCAAUCAGUGGCCAUCAGGAUGUGAUCGAUGAAGAAAUCCUCGACUUGUGGAUACAGACGGCGUUGUCGGAGGACACUGGUGGAAUAAAACACAAAGAAGAGCCAGAGCCUGGACACCAAAUGGAGCCAUCGAAUCAGGAACAAGAUGAAAUAUCAUCAGUGCAGACAGAGAAGGAGAAAGAGCAGCUUUUGGAGUUCAAUUCAAGGGAAUCUGAGUUAGUGAGUGACACAGAAAUGUCUUCAUCAACAGUAGAGUCUGGAUUUUUGGACCAGUCUCUCUGUAAAUGGGGCAUACAAAACAGUGAAACUCAGCUACUGAAAACAAGUAGCACUUUGUCAUUUCCAGGCAUAUAUGACAUGUUGGCUAAUGUGUCCGAAUCAGCAAACAUCUCUGAAUUGUCUCCACAACAAUUUAUCUCUGGAUCUCCGGAUAAAUUGCUGGAGAAAGCAGCUGAGACAGCGCAAUCAUAUCUGAAAGAGGAGGAUUUAAUCACUGAGAGAGGAUUUCACCCUGAUACAGGAGUCACGCCACCAGAGGCUAGCCAUCUGAAUCAGGAGUCGGAUAAAUCACAAGAGAAAACAGAAGAAGUGGAGACUAAAACUGGAUCACAGAAAGAGGUUGAUGCUGAGGUAACUGAUUGGACAGACACUAAAGAAGCAGAGGUUAAGCCAAUGACAGAAAUGAGCACUCUAUUCAAAGUUGAGAAAACAAAAGCUGAAGAUGAGUCUCUUGAGAUAACUGUGUCUGACUCUCUAGAUCAAAUCAAACACACUGAAUCAGGACGAUCUAGAAGCAUCUCAGAGGCUUCGUUGGAGGAGGAAAUAGUUUUGACAGAAUCUGGUUUAAAAGGCGACACCUGCACUGAAUCCAAGAGCAAGUUGCCCUCCCUGGACAAACCACAACCUGGAUGGUCAGAAGAUAUUGCUGAAUCAUUACCUGGGCUAAACAGGGCGGAGGUGGCAGAACAGCCAACGACUAAAGAUCUGAUGGAGGUGGACACCGCUGUGCUUGACUUUACUGUGCAAAGGUCAAGGAUUUCUGUUAAAAACCCUCGUGUAAGGCCACCCAAAGAUCCCCGCUCCCUUCUACAUAAGCCCUCAGUGGAUCCCACACCCUCUUCACAUCUGUCAGCCAAAGUCCUUACAGGUGUGCCUCUGAAAGGCUUGGGCAUUGGAAUCAAACUGCCUGGGCUUGGUGCAGGUUUUCCUGUUUUAAAAAAGACACAACGGGUAGUGAGCGAUGAAUGUAGUCCGGAAACCCUCUCACAGGAGACAAAACCAGAGGAGAAGAGUGACGCUCCCAAACAGGAUGAGGCACAACCUAAACCCAAAUGGAUGACACCAAGACAUCCAGGAUUUGGAAAUCCACUUAUGUCCGAGCUGAAGACCAAACUGAAGAAAACCACAAAAGAGUGAGAAGGAGAUUAAUUGUAAUGCUGUGUGUAUGAUUAUUUGAAUAUAAUAUAGAAAUGGCUUUAUUUUGGUGUAUUUAUGAAACUGAAUACGGGGAUGUAAUGUUUAUUGUGUCACUUAUUUGCCCUAUGUUUUGUAAUAAAGCUUAACUAAAAACGGAA